CAGGAGCACAGGCCCAGUUGAAUAGAGGGAUCAUUUACUCAGUAUCUUUCUUCCAGGGCUGGAUGGGGCAGCACCUCAAUCAUAUAGGGCACAUGGCAAACCUCAGUAUCACCAGCAAAAAUUCACUACAGUUCAACAAGUUUUUCUAAAAGUAAGAAGAGAAAACUGAUAGAAAUUCGAGGCUGGCUCUAGGUAAAAUGGUUUAGCAGGUAAAGAGUCACUGCAGGGUCCCCAGCCUAGGUCUAGAACACAGUUUCCCAAAGCCAGGCUAGUACUACUCAAUUCUAUUUGAAUCUGCUGGAAAACAUUGUGUGCCUCUGCUCAGCAGUUUCCCCUGGAUCUGUGGAUGUCCUUUCUUACCUCUUUGAACUUCUUUCUGCACCUACCUUCCUCUCUUUGAGAACUGCCAAGUUCUUGUCCUUUAUUUCCUUCCCAGGUGCUCUCACUCUUCCUGUGGAUUGCUUUCCCCUGGCACCUCUAUCUGGAGGCUGUUGAGCCCACAGCUUCCUCUUUUACCAAACACAGAGAUUGAAUUUGACAGUGGGAAUUAUUUUUGUUGCGUGGUUGGCAUGCUUAAGCAAAAACUGGCACAGAAGUGUUCUAAGUGUUGAGGUUUGGAGUUCUAAGUUAGUCCUGGUGAUAUAGUCAUAGCAAAAUUCAUCCAGAGGUGUUAAUUGAGGUGUAACUGAGCUCUAGGAUAUACGUGCAUGGCAACACCUGAGAAGGUUGCAAGCUAAACCAUUGUUUACUGAUCGAGGAGUAAAUGAGCCAUCUAGAAGAGGAGGAAGUGAGGUUUCAGAGGAUAAUGGGAAAGGUUGUUGAGGUACCAGACAUUUUCAAGAGGCCCCAGCUUCCCAAAUCUUGUCCAGCAUUCUUGAACCUGGACUCUACUCCUAAGUAGCCCCAUAAUUUGUAGCACCCCUUCUCAAUCCAAUUCCCCCUAAAAUGCUCUAGUAUCCCCACUCUCAACCAGAUACCUCUCACUUCAUGGCACUCUGACAUCUUUGAGUAUCUCCAGACCUUAGCCCUGUGCCCCUGGACUUCGAGACAUAUUCCACCUUCCCCUGUCCAUCUUCUAGAUCAGUCUGUCUAGCGUCCCUAAACCAAAUACACUUCCUUCUUAUAUUCGACCACCUAAAGGAUGUCCCUGAUCAGACCCCUUGUCGGAAGAGCACAAGUGGCUUCUUCAGGACCCAGCCUUCUGUGAACACACUGAUGCUCAUAUAUCCCAGGGCCAUGACUGCAGAGAAGGGAUGGAACUGCAUACCACUGAAGGCAUUUACCCUUUCAGUUUGUGUCUAGGGCUGUACAUCUCCCCACUCCAACUACCUAAGUAACUGCUGGUUGAUAUCAUACUUGACAUAACUGAUUUGGUCUUCCUAAGAUCUCAAUGAAUUCCAGGUAAUUUUUUAUUUGGGGAUGUACAUGAUCAUUUUUCACUUUUGCAGACCUGAUUUUUGGCCAUCCCAAUUCACCUGCAGGGAUGAGUCAGUGACACCGGACCUACCCACCUAUGAAGAAUUGCUUUUAUUCUUUGCUAGGCCCCAUACAAACCUGGGUGGGGAAAAGCAGGAAUAUUUCUUCAUUUCCUUUUUACUAAUCUCCUAGGGCCCGAUCCUUCAGAAAAGAAGGGAAUGGGCCAAGGAAACAAAUGGGGUGGAGGAGAGGAGAAAAGUCUCCAAGGGGCCCUGGAGUAGGAUGGGAUGAAUGAAGGAUAAGGAACAGCAAAGAUAGGGGAUCGAUAUACCAGCUCCAAUACCUGCCUUUUUCUUCUUUCUCUACCCCUGACUCCUACCGGUCCCUCUAAUGAAGCUAUGCCAGAGGAGCCGCCCUCUAACCCCAUAUAUCUCUCACUUUCUUAUUUUCUUGGUUCUCCCCAGGGUUAGGUUCGACAUCACCAAAACCUGUCCAGGACCGAACAUACACUUUGCACAGAACAGGCAUCAGCUAUAUUUAAAAAGGACAUCCUGAGGAUAAAAAUAGUCAUAGUGUCACCCUCUAGCCCAUAGUUUGCAAAGCCUUUCCCAGGAUGGAUCUCAUCGCGUCUCCUUGAACGUCCGAAGUGUUAGGCGGGGCCAAAGCCACUAUCCCCACUCUACAAAUGAGGAAAACCGCGGCCCGCCGUGGCCACACUUUCAGGCUGAGAGCCGCUAGCCAUAAAGCAGUCAACUGGCAGCAAGGGUCGCGCCCCUUUACACCACUGCACCUGCGACCCCUGGCGCGAUCCCUGCCGGGAAUUGUAGUCCAAUGACCCUCAGCUCCUAUGGAUUGGACUACAAUGACCAGCAUGCCCCGCGCUUUUUUGCGCCCCCUUCCCUUUCAGCCUCGGGCGCGGGGGAGGCUCGGCAGACCUGCUGACUGGGAAGCGGUAUGGCAGCGACACUGGGCAGCGGGGAGCGCUGGACGGAAGCUUACAUUGAUGCAGUUAGAAGAAACAAAUACCCAGAAGACAGACCUCCUGAAAGUCAUGACCCCUGUGGUUGCUGUAACUGCAGGAAGGCACAAAAGGAAAAGAAGUCUGAGCAUGAGUGGAAUCAAACCCGACAGGGUGAGGGGAAUGCCACUUAUACUGAGGAGCAGCUGCUUGGAGUACAAAGGAUCAAGAAAUGCAGAAAUUACUAUGAAAUUCUGGGGGUUUCACGAAAUGCCAGUGAUGAAGGGCUUAAGAAAGCUUACCGAAAACUCGCCCUGAAAUUUCAUCCUGACAAGAACUGUGCUCCUGGAGCAACAGAUGCUUUCAAAGCAAUAGGAAAUGCCUUUGCAGUCCUGAGCAAUCCUGAGAAGAGACUCCGCUAUGAUGAAUAUGGAGAUGAACAGGUGACUUUCACUACCCCUCGAGCCAGACCUUAUAAUUAUUACAGGGACUUUGAAGCCGACAUCACUCCAGAAGAGCUGUUCAACGUCUUCUUUGGAGGACAUUUUCCUACAGGAAACAUUCAUAUGUUUUCAAACGUGACAGAUGACCCCCACUAUUACCGCCGGCGGCACCGACAUGAGAGGAUGCAGACACGGAAGGAAGAGGAAGAAGAUAAGCCUCAGACUACAUAUUCUGCAUUUAUUCAGUUACUUCCAGUUCUGGUGAUUGUGAUUAUAUCUGUGAUUACUCAGCUGCUAGCUGCUAAUCCCCCAUAUAGUCUAUUCUAUAAAUCGACCUUGGGCUACACCAUUUCUAGAGAAACCCAGAACCUACAGGUGCCUUACUUUGUGGAUAAAAACUUUGACAAGGCCUACAGAGGAGCAUCUCUGCGUGACCUGGAGAAGACGAUAGAAAAGGAUUACAUUGAUUAUAUCCAGACAAGUUGUUGGAAGGAGAAACAACAAAAGUCAGAGUUGACCAAUUUGGCAGGAUUAUACAGAGAUGAACGAUUGAAACAGAAGGCAGAGUCGCUGAAACUUGAAAACUGUGAAAAACUUUCCAAACUGAUUGGCCUACGCAGAGGUGGCUGAGAGGAUGGUAGUCCUAUGCAGGCUCGGGGUUUUGCUGCGUGUUACUGUUUAUGUUCCUAAUUCCAUUGUAUAAUACAAAAUUAGGAAAUGAUGAACAUUUUACAAUUUGCUAACUUUGUUUGGUGGGCAGAGUUGGAGGUGCUUCAGCACGGAGCCAGACUUGUCAUCACAGAAUCCUUCCUGGGGAUUGGCUCCGGGGGCCAGGAGCAGGUCAUCUAAAUUGAAUUAAUGGCAAAGCAUUAGAUUCAGCCCCGUGCUCUGCGCCUACCCUGCCUCUAGAAAUGUAGUUCAGGGCACCCCAGAGCAGAUUCAUAUUUUCUUCCUUCUUCCCUUCAGUGAAGUCUCAAUAGCCAGUCAGUCCUAGGCUUAGCCAAAGCAGCUUAAUAUUG